AUGGAUGGUCCAAAGCGCUGGAACCGAGAGUGGAUUGAGGAAAUUUUCCAUCCUGCUACAACUUCUCAUAUCCUUGCCAUUCCGUUGGAUUUUCAUGGUGGUGAAGAUGUUAUAUCUUGGCCUUACACAGCUGAUGGCCAAUACACAUCAAAGACAGGGUAUAGUUAUAUUUGUGGCUUACUAGCCUUGGAGGUGGCUUCAUCAUCUUCCUCGAUGAAUUCGACCUUGCCGCCAAAUUUGUGGCGAAAAUUAUGGGCUACUGGCGCGCUUCCUAGAUGCAAUGAGACAACUUGGAGAGCGAUACGAGGUUUCCUUCCAGUUCGCGAGCAACUCUUCCAGCGACAUGUCGACACAGAUCCCAGCUGCAUUCUUUGUGGGCAUGUUAGCGAGUCUACGGAGCAUAUCUUCAUGCGGUGUCCGGCGGCCAUGGCGAUUUGGUAUGCUUCUCCCCUCUCCCUUAGAGUUGAGAACGUGCCUUCUUUCCAGGCGUUGUGGAUGUCGUUCCUGCAGGAGCAGCAAUCCGAGGUGGUAGCUUUGGCUCAGACAUUGAUAUAUCAGAUUUGGGAGGUGAGGAACAGGGUUUUGUUUCGUCAGGGCCGGUUGGUGGUUUCAGAGGUCCUUGACCGAGUUAUGGGUAUGGCAGCGGAGUGUUCUACCAGGGCCCGUGAGGGGACACCGACGAGCAUAGUUGUAUGGCGGAGGCCUCCAGAGCGAGUGGUUAAGCUGAAUUUUGAUGCUUCUUUUGGGGACGGUAAGGUGGAUGGCUUGGGUAUGAUUGCUCGCAACCAUAGGGGUGAAAUCAUGGCAGCAGCUACCCCCUAA